CAGCCGAGCAGGACGCGGGACGGCCGGGCUGGGUCCCCGCCAUGCGCCCCGCGGGCAGGCGGGCUCGGCGCCGGGGAGCAGAUUGGUCACCUACUGCAGCCCAAACACUGCUUUCCUGUGGGCUGCUGGGCUGCACCUACUAGCAAAGGCCCCAGCUCUCUCCCUGCACCAACGCGGUUUGCCCUGGAACUUGGACGCAUUGGAGGUAAUUGCUUCACUUUCCCCUGUACUUCCAGGUACCUUCACAGAUGAUCCCAGGGGUGACUCUUGGGUGGGGGCUUCCUGGCGGUUGGGGACUGGCUGGGUGAAGGGUCUGAAGGAAGGAGAUGGUGCUGACUGCAGGCCUGGGGGGCUCUCCUCUGCUUUGGUGCCAGUUCAGAGAAGGGGUUAAAAACGUAACAAACCAAACCCUCUUCCAUCGUGGAUGAGCCCAAAUGACCCUGGCCUGGAGGCAGGGAGACCUAAAGGUAGCGGUUGUGUCCCACUUGUGGCUUUUAAGCUAAUGGAAAAACUUGCGGUUGGUUUAGCCCUGUCUACACUAGGGACGUUUUUCUGAAAGCUGUGGCUGGUGGCGGAGAGCUGGAGAGGGCUUCUGCCUCAUGGAAUGCAAACCUGUUAGUAUAGCAGUUCCCAUCUCAGCCCUGCAAUGGACAAGGUCACGGACAUGUCUUUGGCUAGACUCUGGCAUUUCACAGUAAGCUGGAGCUGUGCAGCCAGAUAAAGAGGAGUAGAAGAUGCUGUCUCUAUAGGAUGGUGUAGCCUUCCUGAUAAGGUUGGUUGAUGCUGUAAUGCAAGGAGAGAUCCCACGUUCCCAAGACAUGUGAGUGACAGGGGAUGGAUCACUGGAUGAUUCCCUCUGGGGCACCUGGCACUGGCCACUGUCAGCAGACAGGACACUGGGCUAGAUGGACCUUUGGUCUCACCCAGUCUGGCCGGUCGUAUGUUCUGGAAGGUAGUUUGCUGAGCAUAACUAAUUAGGAUUUAGGAUUAGUUUGGCAUGAGGAACUGAUGGGCAGGUGACAGGAAGCCACAAAUUAAGGGCAGUUAUAGGAGAGCUGAUUGAUGGGAAGUGUGAAACCACAAGGUUAUUGACAGUUGAAGGAGAGUCUAAGGAAUAUGUAUAACCAGAAGUUACAGGUGUGAACACUGGGGAUGUUAUAGAAAUACCACGGCAACUAAUUGACAAAAGCGAAUGCGGUAAAUAGGUAACUAAUUAACAGUAUGGUGACCCCCCAGAGAUAUGGGUGUGGGAGCUUAGAUAAGAAAAAGGGGCUAAGAUGCAUGAAAUCAAGGGCCUGUCAGCAUAACCCACUGUAAUGGAUAAGCCCUAGCCAGGGAAACUGUGAUCCACCUGCUGACAACCACCUAGGAACUGUCUGGGAUGGGGAGUGUGGUAAGUAAUGCAAGUGACGGUCAUGUGCCCUGAUGGGGGCGGGGGGGGGGGAUUUGCCUGCUUGGCUAAUAAUGAUAAUGGUUAAACAAAGGGCAGCGUGGUGUCCCGCUAGCCUCUCGCCUGUAGCUGAGCUGGUGCCGACCCUACCCAGACCACUGCAGUAUAGACCCCCCCGCCCUGGGGUGGGCCGAGAGUAACGUAACCCCCACUUGGGGCUGCAAUGCAUCUAGUCAGUAUUGCUGUAGGAACCGGAUGCUUGUGCUUCCUCACUUAGGCUUAAUGUUGCAAUAACAUAGUUCUUAGCUUUUCUCUCUCAGACGUUGAAACUGGUCUGUCAAAAGUGCCCACUUAGGGCCCUGUCUGCCCCAGGGGGAGGUGGUGGUGGUGGGAAGGCAGGUACAAGGGUAGCAUCCCAAACCUUCGCUAAACUAAACCUACAAAGGAAAAAAACUAGGGGAGAAAUCCGGGCCCCAGUGAAGUCCAAGGGAGCUUUGCCCUGGGCCGUGAUAGGCCAGUAUUUGGCCCCAGGGGUGUGCCCUGCGCGUUGUCUCUCGGCCGGAAAGCUGUGCACAGUUGUUGCCCCUGUUCUGUUUUUUGUACCUUGGCGCUUGUCUGUGCGCAAGUGGCUCUAACUCUGGCGGCCUGGUGAAAGCAGCCCAGCCCCUAGCGCUGAGGCCGUCCUGCCAGGAUCAAAGGGCUUUGAGCAGUGCAGUUACUCGCAGGUGGGAUGGGGACCAAGCCACACAUCCCAGUAUUGUUACACCGGUGGAUGGGCCUUGCACCGGUGUAACAGUACCCGUAGGUGAGUGUGUCCCUACCCAAGGUAGCACGUACGGCGUGGAAAGAGCAGGAGUGGAGCCUGCAGAGAGAAACUCGGGGCGUGGAAGGGGUCUAUGGAGACCAGAACGGGCAGGAGCUGCUGAACUCUUCCCAAGGGCUCUCGUCCUCUGCAGCGGGUGUUAACCGCCUGAAUCCCACCCCCCUUUUCCCCAGUUGAUGGGGAUUCACAGGUGGGUCAGUGUCCUGUAACCCCUCGCCCGUAAAAACAGGGCAGGCUGCUCUAAUGUUAAAGUCACACCCGGGAACAAGGCAAGCCCUGCCGAGGGGGAGGCUGCCGUGGUGGGUUGGGCCUGGGCGGCCGGGCAGUGCUUUCGCUGGCACAGCGAUGUCAGCCAGGAAUGUGGGGGAGGUGGGAGAGAGAAACGCAGGAGCUGUGCUGACAAAGCCCGGGCUCCACGCAGUUCUGGGGCCCGUGGGCAGCGCAGCCUGUUCCAGUCAGAGCCCUGGGGGUGUCUGCGCCGCAGUGUGGCUCAAACUCAGCCUCUGCUCUGGCCCUCAGCAGAGCUGGGCUGUUUCCAGUGUGUCCACAGACUCCCCUAUGACCUCGGUGCUCCCAUCUGCAGAGCAGUCCCUCGCGCUCUCCCUUUGCUCAGGCUGGGAGUUCCUGGGGGCCAGGCCUGCCUCUUUGUACAGCACCUGGCACAGUGGAACCUGGAUUUCUCUCUGGCGCUGUCGUAUAAACCUUCACUCCAGGCUAAAGGAGCCAGAAAGGGCACAGCCCUGCUUCUCUGCCCCCCGCCCCCUUCACGGCUCCCCUUGGAACAGCCGCAGGGCGAAGCGGGGCUGAAAGGCUCGUUCUUUCCGUCGGCCUCCAGGGGCAGGGCCGAGUCGGCGCCGGUCGGGGUCUGCGUGGUUCAGUGUCUGCACGUCAGGCCCAGUGCUCCCUGGUGCAGAGGUGGGAACGCUGGGCCAUGCACGCUCUGAGGUUGCUGCUGCCAACGCCCGGCCCUGGGCCAGAGAACAGGCUGGGUUCUAAUGGGCCGUCCCGGAACGGGUGAAGGAGCCGGUGGAAAACAGGCAGGGUAGCUGGGUAAUGAAGGGCCCCGUUCACCCUGGCUCUGCGCCUGGUUCGUCCUUUGCCCCAGUGCCAGGGGGUGGCCCACGCUACGCAGCGUGUCUCGGUGCAGGGUGAAAGCAGAGCCUGACUCCGAAUCCCGGCCUGGGUUCCCCUGGUCUCCGCCCUGCCUCCCACCCGGCAAGGAGCAGCAGCCGCAGCACUCCAGUGGCGAGACAUGGAUUGUACCUCGAGUUCCCUUUCUGCGCUCCCUCCCGGGUCCGGCCUCGCUGGGUCAGUGCCCAGGGCCUGGAGUCGCUUUGUGUGGCUCUGGUAGUGCUCAGUUUGGGUUAAUGAAGCACAGACAAAGCUGGAUCAGCACAGUACGGCCAGGCAAGGGUUAACUCACCCGUCUGCAGAGCAAACAAGAACCUGCUCUGAAACGAUGGGCUGACGUCUUGUCUUGACUCACGCCCCGAUUUGGUGCAACUUUCACGAUGGACCCUACGGUUUCCAGACCUGUUCUUGCCCGUUUUGUAUCUUGUUUUGAAUGACGUUUUCCACAAGUCAGCCGAACUUAGAGGCGUCCUGUGCUAGGUCUCCCUUGGUACCAGGUAUAAGGGCCAGGCUUCAACGGGACCAAACAUUUUACCCUGUCGCUCUGCCAUUUCUGUCCCAUCCAGCCGUGGCAUGCAGCACCCUGGCCCAGCGUGCGGUUUGUGGAGCCUCCACGUAACACCUACCUCGUCCCUGAUUGUUUCUACGGGUACCAGGAAGAGGGGUCACCUGCAGUUUACCUGCUCCCUUGGCCCAAGUGCAAAGCAUGCUGGGAGGAUGGUCCAUACAUUUUUCUCUUAGCAGAAGAACAAAGGGUUUGGGGGAAGCGUGACCUGAAUACAUGUCAGAGUGACACAAACCACGAACCCAACAGCUGUUCUUGUGCUUCCUGUUGGCGCUGCACCUGAUCUUGGCUGACAGCUCCGUGUUUGGCCUCCCUGUGCUGAGGGCAGAGCCCGGGCAGCCCGGGUGUUUUUUCUGGGAGGUGCGGAGGCCGUUCCUAGCGUGGGUGGAGGAGGAUGCAGGCCUCAGUCUCUUCUCUCUUCUCUCCUGAGCAGGGCUUUGCUUGCUGAGGAGCUGCCGCCUGCAGGAGCCAUGGUCACUUUCUUCACGCAGGAAGUCCAGCAACUGCUGCACAACAAGUUUGUGGUGAUCGUGGGGGAUUCCGUUCAGCGAUCGGUUUACAAGGACCUGGUGCUGCAUUUGCAGAAGGACGCUCUCCUCAGCCAGUCCCAGCUGAAAGCCAAGGGGGAGCUGAGCUUCGAGAACGACUGCCUGGUGGAGGGCGGCAUGCGGGGCGAGAUGACCAACGGCACCAACUACAAGGAGGUGCGGCAGUACCGCACGGCCCACCACCUGGUGCGCUUCUACUUCGUCACUCGCAUCUACUCCGACUACAUGGAGAGCAUCCUGGCUGACUUCCAGGCUGGGCCCCAGCCCGACGUCGUCAUCAUCAACUCCUGCUUAUGGGACGUGAGCAGGUACGGCGCCAAGUCCAUGAAGCAGUACCGGGUGAAUCUGGAGAAGGCCUUCAACCGGCUGGACAAGGUGCUGCCCCAUGCCUGCCUCCUGGUGUGGAACAUGACGAUGCCCGUGGGCCACAAAAUCAUCGGGGGCUUCCUCAUCCCGGAGCUGCAGCACCAAGGCAAGAAGCUGCCUCACAAAGUGAUCGAGGGCAACUUCUACGGGGCCGUCCUGGCCAGCAGCCACCACUUCGACGUGCUGGACCUGCACUACUACUUCCGCUUCGACGCGCACCACCGCAGUGGGGACGGCGUCCACUGGAACCGGGCCGUCCACCGCCGGGUCACCCACCUGCUGCUGGCCCAUGUGGCCGACGCCUGGGGCGUCGAGAUCCCGGAGAAGAGACCCCAGGACGGUUGCUUUCAGGCAAACGCUCUGGAGUGGGGCUCGCAGCCCACCCCCUGCCCGGCACCCCAGGCUGCUCCACCCUGCCCCUGGGGGCCCGAGUGGGACAACAGCCGCCUGUCCUGGGCGCCCCAGCCCAGCGCCUGCCUGCCGCCCCCUCCACCCUGGCCCCGCUUCGACUUCUGCUGCCCCUCCAAGGAUCCUGUUUUCCAGGAAGACUCCCCCUUCCUCCCCAGCCACGCGGGGCCUGGCACGCCCCUCUCCGGAUACAUCAGCUUUGACAACUGCCCCGGCUACAGUGCGGAGGGUCCUGGCAGCGGCUUUCAAGCUUUCUGGGACGCGCCUCAUCCUCUGCCGGCCCCGGGGCCCUUCCCCAGCUUCUCGGGAAACCCAGCGCCCAGCUUCCCGCCGCACCCCCACAGCCCGACCAGGAGAGGCCGCGAUGGGUGCUCCCACGGCUUCAUCAUGAGGCGGCAGCCAGUGAGGUGGAGGUCUGGGCCCCCCUACAACAGGCCCCACUACAGCUGCUACUGAGGGGCCCUGCCCUGCCCCCUGGCAGAGCUGGGUGUGUCCCCCCGCGGGCGGGCGGGCGAGCUCCCUGCAAAGGGCUUGGCUCCGGCUCUGAAGAGACUCGGGUGGGGUGGGCGUGGCUGUCUCCAUGUGCGUGGCCGGCAGGAGGCGGCUGGCGCUCCGACGGCUGAGUUAUUACGCGUGGUAUUUGGGGUGGGGUCAGAGGGCUGCGGGGGCCUGGAUCUGCCGGCGCCGUGUGGCUCAGAACAGAGGCCCUGCUAGUGGGGACAGCACUGGGCACCGCCACGGGAAGCGCUCCGUAGGCCAGGCCCAUGGGGGCUGCGGCGGCUCUCGCCGAGGGCCCCAUCCUGCCAGGUGCUGGAGCCGGUGGGGAUUGGCAGCUGUGGGGGGGAGGCGCUGAGCGCCAGCCGUCUGCCGAGGGGGUCCGGCUGUGCAGCCUGAGUCUCUCCCCAGCUCCAAGUGCAAUUUCCCCAUCCCCGUCCGCUGCUGUUACACACCUGCCCAGACAGGGCGGGCAGGGAGGGGUUGGCCCCUGACUGCCAUGGCUGCGAGCUGGCCGGCGGCCUCGCCCGCUCUCCAUGGGGCUCUUAGGCCUAGUUCAUAUUUCUUAAUCGUUGAUGUUUUCAGCACCCUCGCUGGGGUGUUAUUUCACGAGGUGGGUCUGCACUACAGCCCCCCCGUGCCCCUCGCCGGGGGUGGGGGGGUCACGCUGCUCUGAGGUUGCUUUACACUGGCAGGCUGUGGGGCAGAGCCCUUGGUGGCUCGCUGCAGUAAAACCUUCUAGCCCCAGGCCUGUGCUCAGCUGCCCUGAGCUGAUCAGGUUGCACCGGAAUAACUGUGAGUUGAGUCCCUUCCCAGUCAUCUGCCCGCAGGCCUGGGGGGGGGGCGGGAGGGGCCCUGCUGCGGGCACAGUGGUUAUUGAACAGGAAAAGCUGUUCACGGCAAGUGUUCUUGUGUUUUGUUG